UUUAACAAAGACCAUUUCUUCCAAGGAAGAAACUAAAAAGCAAAGCCAUUGUAAGAUAUGUAGUAGUUGAACACUCCUCAUCCCCAUUCCUUCUUCCAAUGGAAACAUCUCAUCUAACACCAAAUCCCAUUUCCCCUUUUUUCUAUAAACAACAACACAGCCGAUCACCUGUUCGAUCAAUUGCUGCCCACAAGCAAAAAAAAUCCAAAUGAAUUAUCCAAUAACUCUCUCAAACACCCGCUUAAUCUUCUUCAAAUGUACUCGAUGGCAACUAGAAGAAACCUUAGACAAAUUCUCCUGCCCAUUCCAUUACUACUGCGACACCAUUUACCCUGGCGAUUACCCUCCUGCCAUUGAUUUACUCGUCCUUAUCUUCACAGCAACCACUUACCUCUCCACCCUUUUGUUCAUGCUACUCGACAUGUCGUCAAAUCGUGGGAAAUUCUGUUUUGAUCAACCCAAGAAGUUCCUUUUACCAUCUGGGCCAUUUUCACUUCCGGUUUUCUUAUUUGUAUUAGCUAAAGGCCAUCGCAUCAACACCCUUUUCCCUCUAUUCCUAAUGGGUCCUCCAAUUCUUCAAUUAAUUUACAUCUCUGCUCUCACAUUCGACAAUGGAGCUGAUAAAGAUAUUAAGUAUGUGUUCUUUGAAGCUUCAACAAUGUCGGGGAUUCUUCAUGCUAGCUUGAAUUUAGACUUUGUGAUUCUGCCUUAUUACACAGGUUUGGAUGCUUUGAUCGGGAGUAACUUUUCUGGGGAAUGCACAUCAUGUGUUUGUAGAAAUGCCCCACUAGUAGUUGGAGGUAGAUUUGUGUCUUAUAGAGGUUGGUCGAGUACUACGUUUGUGAUUGUUUGUGUUUUGUGUAUGAGGAUUGUGAGUCGGGUGGCAGGGAAUGAGGUGGUGAGGAAAGUUGUGGCGUUGAAAUGGUUGUUGGAAGGGUUGGGUUGGGUUCUGAUUACAUGGGAUUGUGUUUAUUUGAGUGCAAAUUUGGGAGCGGAGAGAAGGGAAUUGCAAGGGGUUGUUUAUGGUUGUGUGUUUGGUUUGGUAUUCAUUCAUGUGAUCAAAUUGUUGAGGAGGUGGCAACUGAUGUAUUGUAUAAGGAACUAUGAUCAAUUGGAUAAAGUGUAAAUACAUUGGUGGGUUUUCUUUUGUUUGUAUAUAAGGAGAAUGUUAUUGUUUUGGUUGCUUUGUGAAGUUGUUGAAGCUCUCCUUGCUGUUUUCUAAAUUCAUUAAAACAAAGUCUUCCUCUUUUUUUAA